GGAGGCGGCUGUGUGCGGGCCCGGGGGAGACUCCGGAUCUGGAUCCAGACCGGAGCGGAGCGCUAACGGCUCCAGCGCGCGGGGCGUCUCGGAGGCUCCGCUGCUGCCGAAUCUCGGGUCGGUCCCUGCUGCCCUCGCCGCCCUUGACCCGCUCCGAGCGCUAUGGCCCAGCCGCCGCCCGACGUCAGUGAGGACGAGUGUCUCCCUGAGUACCGCCAUCUCUUCUGCCCAGACCUGCUCCGGGACAAAGUGGCCUUCAUCACAGGUGGUGGCUCUGGGAUCGGGUUCCGAAUUGCUGAGAUUUUCAUGCGGCACGGCUGCCACACAGUCAUCGCCAGUAGAAGCCUUCCAAGAGUGUCGCUGGCUGCCAGGAAGCUGGCUGCUGCCACCGGCCAGCGGUGCCUGCCUUUGUCCCUGGACGUUCGAGCUCCCCCAGUCAUCACAGCCGCUGUGGACCAGGCCCUGAAGGAGUUUGGGAAAAUUGACAUUCUCAUUAACUGUGCAGCUGGAAACUUCCUGUGCCCUGCCAGCGCGUUGUCCUUCAAUGCCUUCAAGACCGUGAUGGACAUUGACACCCUGGGCACCUUCAACACAUCCCGUGUGCUUUAUGAGAAGUUCUUCCAGGAACAUGGAGGGGUGAUCGUGAACAUCACUGCGACCCUGGGUACCCGGGGGCAGGUGCUUCAAGUGCACGCAGGCUCUGCCAAGGCGGCUGUGGAUGCGAUGACACGGCACUUGGCUGUGGAGUGGGGUCCCCAGAACAUCCGUGUCAACAGCCUCGCCCCUGGCCUCAUCAGCGGCACGGAGGGGUUCUCGCGGCUCGGUGGCCCCCAGGCCAGCAUCAGCACGAAGGUUCUGGCCAUCCCCCUGCGGAGGCUGGGCAAUAAGACGGACGUUGCCCACAGCGCGCUGUACCUGGCCAGCCCUUUGGCCUCCUACGUGACGGGCGCCGUGCUGGUGGUUGACGGCGGGGCGUGGCUGACACUCCCGAAUGACAUCAAGUUACUGGCAGAUUUGGAAUCCUUCUCUGCUAAGCUCUAGGCGCUGAGUGGCUGAAGCACAGGAGGCGUUCUGACGGGAGUCUGGUCCCCAGCCCCUCUCGGGAUGCCUCCUGCAGUGCCCUUCCCGGGGCCUGCCUCCCACCCCUCCGAGCACCAAACCGGACCGUGCCAGCGGUAUCUAAAUCGGAGACCGGCCUCUCCCCUGGGCGCCGUGCUGUGUCCAUAUCCCCUCCCCACGGCCCCGUCUCCCGUGCUCGGGCAGGAGUGACCAGGCAGGGAGGCUGCCCGCUGACCUGCCCACCCCACGCGGGUGUGGCCAGGGGGACUUUGACAUUCCAGAGCUCCCCUAGAAGUGGGGAUGCAGCCAUGAUGGUGACCUGGGGUCAGGGGCUCCCCGGCCUGGGAGGCCUUCCUGCCCGUGUCCCAUGCGUGCCCCGAGGCGGCCCUGCUGCGCAAAGCAGGGCGUGUCGGGCUCCCUGUCUUCCCUUCCUUGCUCUUCCAUUUCGGGAUCUUACUCGCAAAGGGAAGCGAAGCCAGGGAGGCUAGAGAAGCAGGUUUGGCCCCUCCCACCCCAGGUCUGAUGUCUGGGGUCCCCGUACCAGCGUGUUGGGCUACAGACGGGACCCCCUGCCUGGGGGGCACCUAUCCCUGUUAGCCUUUGGUGACAUGGGCUGGUUUGCUCCCCACCUGACCUUUGCUGGGACAUCCUAGUGGACUUAGUCCUUUACCAUUCGGGGACUGACGUUCUAGGUCCUCCAGCUGGCCAUUGUCCUCAUCAGCACUUCCCACGGGUCCAGAGGGAUCAGAAAAUUCUGGCCUCAGGGGCGCCUGGCGGGGGGGCUCAGUUGUUGGAGUGUCUGACUCUUGAUUUCAGCUCAGGUCUG